CUGCUCUGCGCGUCUCCCGAUGCCGAGUGCAAACAGAAAAAUUAUUCCGCAUUUCUCGAAAGUUUGAACAAUGAUUCACAAAGAGAGGCUGAUCACGUAUACGCCAUGUGGUCCGACGUGGAUGAAGUGCUGCUUUUUCGAGGGAUGACCUGGGGAAAGCCGACUAGUCGUAUACCAGGAAUGAAUGGUCGUUGGGUUUCGGAUCGAAAUGGCCACAUGGCAAUGAAAGAUCUGACUGAAUUACGGCAGUACGAAGCAGUCGUACAUCACUCCAUCUAA